AUGCCAAAACACACGCGAGUGCUGAGAAUCUCAGCUAGUUGCUUUACAUUAUUUGUGUUGCUGGCAAUAGAUUCGUCUAUCAGUGAGAUUUACAAUGUGGACGAUACUAACGGUUACGGCCGUCGCUUCGAUGGGAUUGGGGCCCUAAGUGCAGGGGUAAGCGCAAGCUCCAAACUGUUGGUAAACUACCCGGAUCAACAAAGAAAUGAAAUCCUAGAUUUUCUCUUCAAGCCAAAUUACGGAGCAUCUUUACACAUCCUGAAGGUGGAAAUAGGCGGAGACGGGCAAAGUACAGAUGGCACCGAGGCGUCUCACAUGCACGAGAGUUGGGAGGAGAAUUACCAGAGAGGCUACGAGUGGUGGCUAAUGACGGAGGCCAAGAAGAGGAACCCCGACAUCCUACUGUACGGAUUACCCUGGUCAUUUCCUUACUGGAUUGGUAACGGUACCUUUAACGCCUACGCCAACCCAGAAGUCACCGCGGACUAUGUUUAUCGGUGGAUUAAUGGCGCUAAGGUUCACUACAACCUGACCAUAGACAUUAUCGGUAUUUGGAACGAAAGAAACUACAGCACAACCUAUAUCAAGACGUUGAGGCAAACCCUUGAUCAGCACGGCCUGCAGGACGUAAAAAUCUGUGCGGCAGAUGACUUUAGCUGGCAGUUCGCGGACGCCGUCUUGGCGGAUCCUGAGUUGGCCGAAGUCGUGGACUUUCUUGGAACUCAUUAUCCGAAUACAAUCUCCACACUCGAAGCUCUUUCCACGGGGAAACCACUCUGGGCAUCUGAAGACCACGUUGGUAGUGUGGCAUGCCGAUGUGCGAUGUUAAACCGGAAUUAUGUCACCGGCUUAAUGACGUCAACUAUAUCUUGGAGUCCGAUAGCUUCAUUUUACUACGGCCUGCCCGACUUCCCCGCCGGUAUCAUGGAAGCUGCUGAGCCUUGGAGUGGAAACUACGACGUAAACGAGCAGAUUUGGGUCACUGCUCACACGACUCAGUUCACAAAGCCCGGAUGGACCUACCUGGCACAUGGUUUCGGGGUCGGCAACCUCGCGCACGGCGGAAGUUACGUCAGCCUUUUUGACCGGAACACGGGAGCGUUGACCAUCGUCAUAGAAACUGCCGUCUGCACCGGCCCAAUAAUAUCUCAAGUGAAAGGUCAUAACUGGUACACACAAAGCUUGCCAUCGCAACGGAACGUCUUUCCCCAAACAGCCACCUUUAAACUGACUGGCAGUUUCGCAGACAUUAGUGUGCUGAAUGUGUGGCGCACGAAGUUCGCAUCCGGUCAGAAUAGCAGUACAUCCUUCACCGCAAAAGCCCCGGUGCAGGUGGUCAAUAUGAUGGUGACAAUAACCUUAGGGGUAAAUGAGAUGUACACUCUUACCACGCUCACUACCGGACAGAAGGGCACUGCCCCCGAACCCCCACACUCCAAGCCAUUUCCUCUGCCAUAUAAAGAUGACUUUGAAGAUUAUGCUCCCUCAGCGAAGCCCUACAACAUGGCUCAACAAGUAGGUGCUUGGGAGGUGGCGGAGGUAGGCCCACCCCACGGCCAGGUAGCCAGACAGAUGGUGCUACAUCACCCUGUGUACUGGUGCUGGGGAAGGGCGUACCCGGCAAACACCACGAUCAACGUCAUUGGCAACUACCUUUGGAGGGAUAUUUACGUUCAUGUGGAUGCCAGGGUGGGGAGUGUUAAUGGCACUAACGCAGUGUAUGUGGGCGCCCGAAUUGACCGGGGUGGUUGUCUAGUGAACCCUGCGUUGGGAGUCUUCUUCUUCAUAUACCCAAAAACUAGCAGAUACGAAUUAACGAAUGAUUUGGCUCGUCAGAAGAUUUUGUCGCAAGGUUCCGUAGAAAUUACUGGAGAUUGGAUGACAUUAGGGUUGCUGCUUGAGGGAAAUAUGGCUUACGCGUUCUUCAACGGCCAUUCUCUCAUCAACUGCACCAUUCCUCGUUCUCCAACAAAUGGGUUUGCUGGCCUCGGUACCGAUCCUUAUGGCCUGGCAGACUUUGAUAACCUGGAGCUCCAGACUGCUGAGGAUACCUGGGAUAGAAUGCGGAUUCAGUCUGGAAAAUCGGAUACCUUACUCUUUAAACGUCUAUCAAAAUCUGUAGAUAUAUCCCCAUGA